AUGGCCACCAAUGCUAUCGAAGACUCAUUGGUACGGGACUACCAGUGGGUCCAUCAGUCUGGGGACGCAACGACAAUCACAUGGACUGGAGAGACUACAUUCGUAUCUGGAGCUUUAGCUCAUUAUGAUGUCCACAACAUGCAGUAUAAUCGUCAUGGAAAUCUUGUUGUGGGAUCAACUGCGAACAAAGUUGUCAAGAUGAUUGACGGCCACCGAGCCCUCCGACCCAUAGUCACAGCAGCAGAGAAUAAAGAAAACUCUUUGCCGGCAAUGCGUGCAACUCAAGAUGAGUGGCGAUACGCGCCAGUCGUCUCCAGUGCAUAUUGUGAUGUCAAUGGAUAUACCUUUACCGCUUCUUUCGACAAGACGGUCAAAAUCUGGAGAGUGUUGGAAAAGGGACCUUCUAUGCAAUUAAAAGGCAUCUGGUUACAUGACUUCGGUGUCAACUUUGUCUUAACUUCAAAGCAUCAUGACAUGGUCGCGACCGCGAGCGAAGCGCAUAACGAUGCCGUCCGGGUGUACAAGUUUGACGAAACAGAUGUGUCUCGCUCUGCUUAUGAUGUUUAUAAUGCGGAUAGGGCUCUGACAAGACCUGGAGAUUUGAGGAUGGCAGAUAAAUGGGCAUACCAUCCUGCUACAAUGCAAUGGGGAAGGUCAGAUAAGGUCUCGAACUUGUUACUCGUUGGGUACUCACCUCGAGGUACUAGUAACGAUGAAGCGGAAAUUCCCGAAUCCAAGAGAAACUCAGGUGAACUAUGCUGUUGGAACGCCAAAACCGGGCAGCAAGUGCUUAUAAACGCGGGAAAGAGUGCCAAUGUCUUUGAAGUCAUAUGGCAUCCUUCACAACCCAUCUUCCUAGUGGCUACUGCACCAUCAGGUACCUUCGACUCAAGGAAGACCCGGACACAAGUUCGACUGUUCCAGCUUGUAGGAAGUGACAUCGAAAGUUUCCAAUGUGUCAAGACCCUGGAUUGCCCAGCAUCUGAUGUCAAUGAAUUGACUAUGAUGCCCACCAGCCUUCACGACGGUUAUGUCACAGCUAGUUGUACCGAUGGAAAAACAUAUGUCUGGGAUACAAUGCACGAUGACAGACUUCUUCACGUCUUGCCACAUGGUGAUUCUAUAGAUAACCCUGACCAUGAAAUCCCACUUGAGCAGGCGGAUACUGGCGUCAAGUUCGCAGCUUGGGGAAGAUCUUCUAAUCGUCUCUACACUGGUUCGUCAGAUGGGGUAGUGAAGGCGUGGGACAUAACACGACCUACCGCUGACGCCCUUGUACGCGAUGUCCUCAGGGCAGCAAGUGGCAUAUCGUGCGGAAUAUUUUCUGCCGAUUUCUCAAAGCUAUUGAUAGGCGACGGAGCUGGCCAUUUACAUCUCAUCCAAGCUGCUGAUGACGAAUCUGACGACCGAGACCCUCUUUUCCUCCCGUUAACUCGUCGAAAAUUCAUGGUUCCACAUCCUGAUCCCUUUUCUGACCGCGAGAUUUUGGAAAAUCGAGAAGAAUAUCGCAGGUACAUGGAGCAAGGCAUCUUGAUCAAGCUCCCAAUGGAUGUUCCAGGAUGGGGAGCUCAUUAUAGGGUUGGCAAAGGUCCGAAUUAUGAUCUAUGCGGACUAUACCGCAGUGAUGCACACGAAGAUGGAGACAACACGAAGCCCCUGUUGCCAAAAAUUGGUAAUACGACGAAUUGGGAUGGUGUUACUAAAGUCCGCCCGCAGGUGGGCAACUUUCCCGUGCUGCUGCCAGCUGAAUCAAGCCGGAAGCGCCAGCAUAAUAGACUUGAAGAUUUAGACCUCGAUGUCAACAAGCUCUUGGCCUCAACUAAGUCCAAAGAUUUGAAGCAAGAUCUGGCUAUCUCGGCGGAGUACAUGCUGAAUUUUGAAGAAGAGGGAAGAGACUAUGUUUUGGACAAAUAG